AUGGUGCAAGCCAAUGCGGGGAAUCCAGAAAAGGUCAUAUGCCCUUGCAAAUGUUGCAAAAAUCUAUUCUACCAACAUUUUGAUGUAAUGUAUGGGCAUUUGAUCAUUAAUGGCAUGGAUCCUACGUAUACUACUUGGGUGUUUCAUGGGGAAAAAUCAAAUACAGCAUCAUUGGCUCUUCAAGAUGUAGAAAAUUUAGAGACGUAUAGGAUGUAUAGAGAUGCAUUUUUUCAGGAUCAUAAUAGUGUAGAACCCAAGAAUGAAGAUAGAGAGAACGAUUAUUCAAAUCUAUAUGAAGGCGUAGAAAUUCCUUUCUAUCUUGGUUGCACAAAGUAUACAAGGAUAUCUACAACUGUUGUCUUAUACAAGCUUAAAGCUACAUAUGGUAUAUCUGACAAUGGUUUCAAUGAACUUCUUGAUAUUAUCCAAGAUAUGCUACCACAUGGGAACACUCUUCCUAAUUCUUGCAAUGCAAUAAAAAGGUUAUUGAAAACCUUUGAUUUGGGGUAUGAGAAGAUACAUGCAUGCGUAAAUGAUUGUUGUUUGUUUAGAAAUGAUCUAGAGAAUUUUGAUACAUGUCCGAAAUGUGCAUCUUUGCAGUGGAAAGUUCAUGAACGGACUAAAAAGAUUAAAAAAGGGAUACCUGCAAAGAAUAUUGGUGUUGAAGUAUAUGAUGGAUUUACCAAGUCCACCUUCAAUUUGAAAGCUGUACUUAUGUGGAAAAUUAAUGAUCUUCCGGCUUAUGGGAACUUAUCAGGAUAUCCUAUGAAAGGCGAAGUAGCAUGUCCAGUAUGUGGUUUAUCCACAUGUGCAAAAUGGUUGACUUAUAGUCGAAAGUUUUCAUACAUGGGUUAUAGAAGAUUUCUUGCAUAUAAUCAUCCUUAUUGGUUAAAAGAAGCUUGGUUUGAUGGAAACAAGGAGCAUAGGCCUAGUCCUAAAAUAUUAACCGGUCGAGAAGUGAUGUGUUCAAUCAAGAAUACACUACUUUUGCGCCAUAAUUUGGAUUUAAUGCACAUUGAGAAGAACGUUUGCGAAAGCAUUCUUGGCACUAUUUUGCAUGUGAAGGGAAAAUCAAAAGAUGAGUUAAAUUCCUGUAAGGAUUUACUCAAUAUGGGUAUUAGAAAGGAUCUUCAUCCAGAACUGAAAGAAAAUAUAUAUUAA